UGGAAAAGCAAGUUGAGGAACUGACAUGGAGAUUACAACUGGAGAAACGAAUGAGGGUUGACCUGGAAGAAGCUAAAACACAAGAAAAUGCAAAACUGCAGUCUGCUUUGCAAGACAUACAACUUCAGUUUAAAGAGACCAAAGAAUUGCUUGCCAAGGAACGUGAGGAUGCCAAAAAGGCAGCUGAGGUAGUCCCUAUAAUUCAGGAGGUUUCGGUGGUGGACCCUGUGAUGUUGGAGAAGCUUACAAAUGAGAAUGAAAAACUGAAGGCAUUAGUGACUUCGUUGGAAAAGAAAAUUGAUGAAACAGAGAAAAAGUUUGAAGAGACAAACAAAAUAAGUGAAGAAAGGUUGAAACAAGCUUUGGAUGCCGAAUCAAAAAUAGUUCAGUUGAAGACUGUUAUGCACAGUCUUGAAGAAAAGAUUUCAGACAUUGAAUCUGAAAACCAAGUUUUGAGGCAGCAAACCCUAUUAAAUUCGCCUGUUAAGAAGGUUUCGCAGCUUCCACCAAUUCCAGUCUUUCCGAAUUUGGAAAAUGGUCACCAUAUGGAUGAAUUGAACAAAUCAAAUGAACCACAGAGUGUGACUCCAGUGAAGAAGGCUGGUGCAGAAUCUGAUGGCAGGUUGCGAAGAUCCAAUCUUGAACGUCAACAUGAGAAUGUUGAUGCACUGAUCAAUUGCGUUUCAAAAGACAUUGGGUUCAGUCAAGGGAAACCUGUUGCAGCAUUUACCAUAUAUAAAUGUCUUCUCCACUGGAAAUCUUUUGAAGCAGAAAGGACCAGUGUGUUUGAUCGUCUUAUUCAGAUGAUUGGUUCUGCAAUUGAGAAUGAAGAAAACAAUGGUCAUAUGGCAUAUUGGUUGUCCAACACAUCAACGUUACUGUUUUUGCUCCAAAAAAGUCUUAAAGCUGCUGGUUCAAGUGGUGCAACUCCAAGUCGGAAGCCUACUGCUGCAACCUCUCUGUUUGGAAGGAUGACAAUGGGUUUCCGCUCAUCUCCUUCUUCCAACAAUCUUGCUGCUGCUGCUGCACUUGCAGUAGUUCGCCAAGUAGAGGCCAAAUAUCCUGCUUUACUUUUCAAGCAGCAACUUGCAGCAUAUGUGGAAAAAAUCUAUGGAAUCAUUAGGGAUAACUUGAAGAAAGAGUUAUCAUCUUUGCUUGCUCUAUGCAUCCAGGCUCCGAGAACAUCUAAGGGAAGUGUACUACGAUCUGGGCGGUCUUUUGGCAAAGAUUCUGCUUCAACUCACUGGCAAAGCAUUAUUGAUAGCCUCAACACCCUCCUAAGUACUUUGAAAGAAAAUUUUGUGCCUUCUGUUCUUAUCCAGAAGAUUUAUACUCAAACAUUUUCAUACAUCAAUGUACAAUUGUUUAAUAGCCUCCUCCUACGCCGUGAGUGUUGUACAUUUAGCAAUGGAGAAUAUGUCAAGGCUGGGUUAGCCGAGUUAGAGCUCUGGUGCUGCCAAGCAAAAGAAGAGUUCGCUGGGUCAUCGUGGGAUGAACUUAAGCACAUAAGGCAGGCUGUUGGAUUCUUGGUUAUACAUCAGAAGUACAGAAUUUCGUAUGAUGAAAUUACAAAUGAUCUCUGCCCUAUUCUUAGUGUACAGCAGUUAUACAGAAUAUGUACGUUGUACUGGGAUGACAACUACAAUACUCGAAGUGUUGCUCCAAAUGUUAUUUCCAGCAUGAGGGUACUAAUGACAGAGGAUUCCAAUGAUGCUGCUAGCAGUUCCUUUUUAUUGGACGACAAUUCCAGCAUCCCCUUCUCUGUCGAUGACCUUUCCAAUUCGCUUCAAGAGAAAGACUUCUUGGAAGUCAACCCAGCAGAGGAACUUCUUGAGAAUCCAGCCUUCCAAUUUUUACACGAGUAAGGCAUAGGAGCUUAGAUGCAUAUGCUUCCCGUCCUUAUCGAGUCAAGGUCAGCAAUGUGGACUUUGAUACGCUGUUGCUGACUCAUUGGUUGUUGUAAAUUCAAUUCAUUUACCCCUCUUCAUAUAUAUGAUAUAUAUAUUUGCAUACAUCGAUCUCCGAUUGUGAAAUGUUUCUAUUGGUUUAUUAUUUUUUGACAAUUCAAAUUGUAAAAGCUGACGUUGAGUCUGGGCACGUAUUUGUUUGAUUGGUCUGGGCUCUUUUUUAUUUUUAUAUUGCUUUAUUCUUCUGCCAUAAAGGGGCAGUUUUUUUUCAUUUGUUUUUUAGUUUGGAAGGUAAGGAAGGUGUAAUGAACAGUGUCAUUAUAUUCGAUGGCUGAGAUGUGGAUCCCAGACCCAGUUUUUGAUGUAAAAAGAAACCCAGUACGGAUGCGUACAACAUAAAUAUAGUUGAAAAAGAUUUAUUAUCA